AUGGAAUCUGAUGUUCAGCCAGUUCUCAAUCCACUCAUUCAGCCUACACUUCUUGAAUUCGCCUAUGAGGAUGUUGUGAGAGACAGUGUUGAAAGCCUUGCUGAAGCUGAGGCAGACAAUAUCCAGUACUCUUCCCUCAUCCAUCCAGGUAGUUUUUUCAUUGUGGAAGAUAAUCAGGGAAGGCAGCACAAGAUCAGCCAAGAUGCAGCAACCCACCUCUCUCCAUCAUGGCCUGUGGCUUUCACAGCACUUACCUGUGUCAGCUGCAAAGCAUCCGGUGCUGUAGAGACGAUGUGCGUGGAGAUUACAGCAAAUAAAAGCCAUACCCAUGAAGGUUUAGGACUGGGGAAGCUUUCUGAAAAAGUACCUGUCACAACAGAAAUCCUCAACUUCAGCUUCAAUGUGCUGCCUUCCCUCCAGGAUUCAACCUUCUCUGAGUUGAAGUUUCUUCUCUCGGACUUAACAAGGUGUCAGAUCACGGGUUAUGAUGGCACCUUUCACAGCAACAGGCAGCUGAAGACAAUUGUGCUGACAGGAAACCUGCUCAUGUUUCUGUCUCACACAGCGUUUGCUGGCCCCCGUUCCCUGGAGAAGUUUGUCUUAACACAGACAGGAAUAACCAGUAUGUCUUUCAUUCCAAUGACAAAUCUGGACGGCUUAGAUACCCUCAUCUUGGGCAGCAACCACAUCUCUUCAUUGCAGCUUCCUCCCAGCUUUCUCACUCAAAACCUCAAAUACCUCAACUUUCAAACAAACAACACAGGAGCAAUCACAGCAGAAGAUGUGCAUGUUCUGCAGAAUAUCAGCAUCUUUAAAGGCAAUGACAUUACAUACAUUGAACCUGGAGCCUUCCAGUCCCGUUUGGACUUCAGGGGCUGUGCUGACAUCUCUGGGGUCCUGGCAGGGAUAUAGAACUCCACAGCCAAGACCCUCUGGCUGGGAACAUUUUGUGGUGUGGAAAAGGAGCCCUACGUAAGCCCAGAUGUUUUACAAGGCCUCUGUAAUAUUUCUGUCAAGGAUCUCUAUCAGCUUAGGCAUUUCAGAAAUCUAAGUGCUGACACAUUUCAGUGCUUAACCAAGCUCCGAAAACUGGGCCUAACUCAUAGUCAUGUAAGACAUAUUCCUGCAGGACUACUUCACUUGGUGAAAACUCAAAAGAUGGCUGAGAAGGCGAAACGUGUUCCCGUGCAGUAUCUGUUUGCACGCAGAGUAUUAAGACUUCCCUGA